CGGUUCGUGGUGUGAAAUCUGUUCCUGGACCAGCGGGCUGGUUUAGGAUGGGUGGGCGGGUUUGUGCGCUUGUUUCAGGAGGCGGAGCGGCCCGGGCGGACGGGCGUCCCUCUCAAGCUGCUCUGCCCAUCUUAGAAAGCGACACUGGACUAAACAAGUUAGCGAGAAUUGGUGCUGGCGCUUUGCUCCACAGGUUAUCUUUCUUUGAAAAAAAAAAAACAAACUUCUGAAACAAACGUUUCUAAUCUGCGAUAACUGAACAGGAGCGAUAAACGACGAGGUGGGUCGCCGUUUUUAGGGAGAGGGAUUUAUUUUCCUUCUGCAUUCCUGAUGGAGUCGUACAGAGUGACUGGCAUUCCUAACAGUGGACCACAGCGGGGACAUAAUCAGCCAUCCCGCCCCUCGAGGACCCACAGUAAUGGAGCUGGUACAUACGGUCUCAGCAUCCGUGUCCAGGGUAUAGAUGGACACCCCUAUGUAGUUCUCAACAACCAAGACAGGGGUCCUCAACCUUAUGUUGACCCGAACACUAAUGGGUACAUCGACACAGAGGGCUCUUUUAUUGAGAACUAUGAGGAGUAUGAUUUCAGGGGAGGAAAGGAGGCUGGAUCCAACAGCCCCUUCAUGGAGUACAGGUCUCAGAAGAUGAUGCAUUACACUCAAAAUGGUGUUGCAGAUUCACAAGGAAGGAAACCAUCCACCCUUCUGAACUUUCAGAAGCACCCUGAGAUACUGCAGCCAUAUGAUCCAGAAACCAACUCCCUGAACCUUGAUGGCUUCCACAGUUUGCCUUCAGAUCCUCGGCCUGUAAUUGAGUCUGGGCACCAGAGUUCCUCAGCUAAGUCUGUACCACCUUUCCACAGCAAGUCAUCAAGCCUGGACCAGAAUAAAGCUCCUGUGCAACAAGAGAAAAGGCAAAUGCCGUCCCUUAGCCAGAGUGAGAUGGCUCCCCCCAAGCCGAAGUCACAGCCUCCAGUCUUGACCAGGACACAAUCACAAGUGGCAGAGCCACAAUCCAAACCUCGUAUCACCAACCUGAGUCCACCUCAGACCAGGCCAGGCUCUAAAACUCAGCAGCAGCCAGUGCCUCCAGCUCAGCUACAGCCCUCCACUGUGUCAAGUCCCACAAGUGAGCAAAGCAAGACUUCAUGCAGAUCCCCCAGCUCUAUGAGCAGUGCCAACUCCAGCCUGGAGCGCACCCGUCGUGAGCCUGAUGUCCUUCCUCUACGCAGGACUGACUCCAGUGGGCCAGUUCUUCAAUCAUCCUCCCGCUCACGCCACUCCUCCUCCUCUUCCAUCCCUAAAACUAUGGAUGAACAGAUGGAUGCCCUGUAUGCAGACACCAUCAACCGCCAUGAGAACCGUCGCUACAUCCCUUUCCUCCCCGGUUCAGGCAGAGACAUUGACACAGGCUCCAUUCCUGGUGUUGAUGAACUAAUCGAGAAGUUUGAUGGCAAAGAUGGCAGCCACCAGCGCAGGGGCAGGUCGGGGCGCAGGAACAGGAUCAAUCCAGAAGACAGAAAGCGCUCACGCAGCGUGGAUAGUGCCCUCGGUCUGCAAGAUUGCUCUAGCUACCUGAACGAGUUUGGCCGGCAGAGAGGCACAUCGAUGGAGCAUGUCCUGCGGCCCUCACAGCUACGGCUGCAGAAAACAGCCAGCGCUCAGGACUCUUGUCUCAUGGCUGUAGAUGGUAAGGCUAUGUCUCAUGCCACCAGCGCACCUGGCUCCCCCCAGAGUACCAUCUCUAAAGGUGUGGGCUCCAUACAGCCUUACAAAAAGCCACAGACUUGCUCCUCUGCAGUACCAUUCAAGAGAAAAGAGAAUGAGGAUGGUGCCUCUUCAGCUGGAAAGGUUUCAACAACAUUGCUGUCAACGUCAUUAUCUAAGCCUUCUUCCACUGUGGACAAAAAGCCCAGCACAGAGACGGAUGCUCAGGCGACACCUGAUCUUCUGAAAGGUCAACAGGAGCUUUCACAACAAACACAUGAAGAGACAGCAAAACAAAUUUUGUUCAGUUACCUAAAGGAUGGAAGCAAUGACAACGAUGAAACGACGAAGAGAAAGGUCAACCUCGUCUUUGAGAAGAUACAGACGUUGAAGUCUCGGGCCACAGCAAGUUCACAAGGCGACAGCAAAUCCCUGGACUUUGCUGCACAGGCCAAAGCUCUGCAGGAGCAAAAUGCUGAAAUGGAGAAAGAAAUGGCAGACCUGAAAAGUCAACUUGAGAAGAAUCAGGCUGACAAGAGGACAGUAGCGGGUUUGAAGGAGCUGCAGCAGGAGCUGGAGCGGAGCGCCGAGGAGUGUAAGCGUCUGAAGGAAAAACUAGCCAAAACAGAGGGCGAGCUCCAGACCACAGUCGAAGAGCUGUUCCAGGUGAAGAUGGAGAGGGAGCAAUACCAGACAGAGAUCAGAGACCUGCAGGACCAGCUGUCAGAGAUGCAUGAUGAGCUUGACUCGGCCAAGAAGUCAGCCACUGAUGGAGAGAAAGACGCCAUUAUGGCGGACCUGAUGCAGCUGAAGCUGGAAAUGCAGGAAGUUCUCCUGGCCAAGGAGGAGCAGGAAGAGGUGCUGAGGAGGCGAGAGAGGGAGCUGACAGCUCUAAAAGGAGCCUUGAAGGAGGAAGUGGCCGCUCAUGAUCAGGAGUUGGACAAAAUGAAGGAGCAGUAUGAGAAGGAAAUAAGCAGGCUGCAGACAUCUUUGGAGGAGGCCAAGCAGAGCAGCGCAGCAGCGGUCCGUGAGAAGGCUGAAGUCGAGGCAGCCAAGGGUACAGUGGAGGGCCAAGUAGGACGGCUUUCUCAAGAGGCUGAGCGGCUGCGCAGGCGGGCACAAGAGCUGGAAAAUGAGGUGGCCAAACUCAACCGCAUCAUCGACGAGGCCAAACUACAGGAGAGCAGACUGGGGGACAGAGUCGGCCGACUGGAGCGAGAGAAAAAACAGCUGGAAGAAUCUUUGGCUGAAAUUAAGGAGCAAGAGGAGGAGAUGUCACGUGCCAAUCGAGCGUUGACCGUUCGAUUGGAGGAUGUGCAGAGAAACUUGAGCAAACUGAGCAGUGAACACAAGGAGUUGGAGGAGAGGUUACAAGAGGAGAGGGCUCAGAAGGAGCAGUUCAAGAACAUGAAGAAUGACAUAGAGGAAGAGAGGAGGUUGCUGGACCGCACAGUGGAGAAACUCCAAAGGGAGAUGAAUGAUAUUGUGGAUGCGUCACAGUCAUCCACCCUGGAGCUGCAGGAGCAGAUUGACAUUUACAAAGAGAAGAACCGUCGGGAGCUGACGGAGCUGCAGAGACUUCUGAAGGAGCGAGGACAGGAGCUGGAGAAAUACCUUCUGGCUACCAAAACCCUGCAAGAAGAGUUAUCACACCAGGAGGAGGACAUGCGGCGCUGUCAGAGGGAACGAGACGAGGCUCUGCUCAGGGAGAAGGCACUGGAGGAAAAGGUCCACGAUCUGGAGGUGGAGGCUGAGGCAAAGGCCAGUGCUAAAGAUGACAAAGCUCGACAGAUCAAACUCAUGGAGGACAGGAUUGCUCAGCUGGAGUUGGACCUGGAAGAAGAGCGUCAAAACGGAGACCAGAUGAUAGACAGGAUAGACCGAGGAAGGGAGCAGGUGGAGCAGAUGAGGAAUGAACUCCUGCAGGAGAGGGCUAGCAGACAGGACCUGGAGUGUGACAAGAUUGCACUGGAGAGACAGAACAGAGACCUGAAGAGCAGAGUGUCUCAUCUAGAGGGCUCCCAGAAGUCCAACAAAGAGGGCCUGGUAGCCCAGCUGGAGGAGCGCAUACAGGAGCUCGAGGAGCGGCUGGAGGGGGAGGAAAGGGAGCGUGCCAACCUACAGCUGGUGAACCGCAGGCUAGAGAGGAAGGUAAAAGAGAUGAUGAUGCAGGGUGAAGAAGAACAUCACUCGAUGCAAGAUCAAAAGGACCAAUUGAACCUGCGUCUCAAGGCCUUGAAACGGCAGAUGGAUGAGGCCGAGGAGGAGAUUGACCGACUGGAGCACAGCAAAAAGAAGCUGCAGAGAGACCUGGAUGAGCAGCAGGAAGCCAACGAGCAGCUCCAGAGCCAGCUCAAAGCCCUGCGAAGUGAGAUCAGGCGUAAGAGCAGCUCUGCCCCGCUGCUCAGCACUCUGCACGACGACGAUGACGAUGACGAUGAUGACGUCAGCACCGAUGGGGAGACGUACUUCAGCUCAUCAUCAGGCUACAAGCGCUCCUCGAGUCAGGACAACAUCCUGUCCACCUUUACUUUGUAAACCAAGCCAGAGGUCGAGGAUGAAGCUGCUGUAAAUUCAUCGGUGGUGGACCAGACGGCUAGAGGCUCGUGCCUUGUGCAUUUGAACCAAACUGGAGAUUCUGCACAGAAACAUCUUUCAAGCUAAUAUUCAGACAAUUUGAAGUAUUUUUAGGAAAAUCCAUACUUCAGCAGAGCUCACAUAAUUCUUCCAGGAUUAUUUCUGGGUACAAUCUUAAUGUUCCUAAAUUCACUCAGUAUUAUUUGAGCAGCUCUGAAAUGAUUUAGCCUGUCCCGUAGAAAUUAAAUGUAUAUGCUGUUUAAUUGAAUAAUUUUACAUUCGCAUAUGUGGUCUUAUGUAAAUUUGUGUAUUUUCCUUUGUUAACAAAUGGAUCACACUUGCUUGUCAAUGAUUUUUCUGAUAGUAGUGAACUUAGAAACACACUCUUAAAUGCACUGUAGAACAAGACAACCAGUACUGCCUUUUGUGGAUAACAUGAAGUUAUUAAUCCUGACUUUUUAUACCUAUCAAAUAUGUUAUAUUUUCACACAGUAUCUGAAUAUUAAUUUUUACAUCAUUCAUUCCAAUAAAAUAUAUUUACCUUUUUAAAGAAUGAAGAUCAAAUCCGAAUUUAUGAAGUGAGGAGUGCGAGAAUGUUUUUGUUGUUUUUUUAAUUUAUUCAGUCGACUUUACAAACUCCUGGCUCAGUGAGGGUUUAGGGAACAGUAAAUGAGGGACUUUGUACACAUUCAUUUUUAUACAGUUUUAUAAGGUUUGAUGACAAAUCCAUGAAAAUGUUUUCAGCAGGCAUUUGUUGUAAUCUUAUCACACAUGUUACUCCAAAUAUUAGUGACAUCACAGUAUUGCUUGUGCCCUUGGAAGAGGCUGCUUUAUGCAAUCAUGGGAAAAUAUCUAAGUGAACUCUCUUCAGCCUCUUCUGUGAUUACUGAUUCUGAAUCAGACUUCCAGCAGUUAGUAAACCAAACAACCAUUUCACCUCUGAAGAUAAUUAUUAUACUGGAAACACUUUGAUUUAACUUCACUCUCUGGUGAUUUCUCUCUUUGCGAAUGGGGCAGGGUUGAUCCUGAAUGCGGUUAAGUCUUUUUGUUUAACCUCAUACCUGUGGAUAUGAAGUGUGUUGGCAUGUACAUACUGAGGCCUUAUAAUGCCUGUCAAAGAAGAUGUAGAUCUGUAAUUUUCCUUGAACUGCAUGAGGGAAUUUACAGUGGAAGUUGAUGUUUUCUGCUACACUGUGAUAUUUUGCACUCUCUGUUGGCUCUGUGCUGAAUAUUCCCAAAUCCGAAGCCUGUGGAGGGAGGAUGGAUUGAGACAAAUUCCUGCCGCUACCUCUCUGUACACAUUUGUAUGUUCAGAAAUCCUGCUGAGACUAAAAUAAAGUUACUUCCAGUUACUCUCA